GUAACCGACGAGUGGUUCUGGCCACUCCCUACUGGACAGGAGGGCACGGGGUCGACGCAGAGGCGGAGACGCUGAGGAGGGCUGGGUGGGAGGCGAGCGUGCUGAGACAUGGACACGUGUACCCAUGCUGGGCACAUGUACCUGCCCAGAGCUGAUGCCAUUCGUUCUCGUCGCAUUGACCUGGAGCAUUUUCAAGUCUUCGACCAGUCUGUGCCACUGUACACCACCCGGGAGAUGCUUGAUCCUUACCAUCAUAAGUCUCUUAGGUGGAGAGAUCAACACCAGCAAGUGUGCUUCUCCACCAAGCCCCGGCAUGUAGGACGGGUUUCUCACACCCAGCGAUUGCUGUCUAGGUUUUAUGUCCGCCACAGCCGUUGGCCGCCUCUUUCCCUGUGGGCUGAAUGGGUUAUUGAGCAUCGUUGGUUCAAGAACUUCAUCAAUUUCCUCAUCAUUUUGAAUGCAAUUGUGCGGAUGGUUACAACAGAAUUGCUGGAUUCCACAAACGCCAAUCUGUGGCCACUGAAGCUGUCUUUGGAGGUGGCAAUUUGGUUUAUCUUGCCUGUUUUCAUUGUGGAAAUCCUUCUGAAGUGGGUAGCCAGCUUCUCCUUGUACUGGAGGAACCCCUGGAAUGUCUUUGACUUUGUUGUCACCCUGUUGCCUUUACUUUAUGAAAUCUUGGUGCUGGGAGGGGUAACAGGCCAUCCUGUGUGGCUCGAGCUGCUAAGUAUCUGCAGUGUGAUGCGGUGUUUCAGGCUGUAUGCGCAGUUCCAUCAAGUUCAAGUUAUUAUUUUGGCCCUGGUCAGGACCUUCAAGAGCAUCCGAUUUCACUUCAUGCUGCUGCUCAUCCUCUUCUACAUUUUUGCUGUGGCUGGCGUCUACUUCUUCAAGGAUUUCAGCCGUUCGGGUCGCCAGGACCUGGUGUACCAGGAGUCCUUCUUGGGCCUGCCAAAUUCCCUAAUAACCGUCUUCAUCCUCUUCACAAUGGACCACUGGAAUGCGCUGCUCCGGGACAUGUGGAAGGUGCCCGAAGUCAGGUCCUUCAUCAGCAGCACCUAUAUCAUCCUCUGGGUUCUGCUUGGCUCCAUUAUCUUGCGGAAUGUCAUAAUAAGCACUAUGGCGAAUAACUUCCGGGACAUCCGGGACGAGCUGGACAAGGAGAUGGCACAUCUGGCAGCUCAGCACAAAGCUGAUGUCCUCAAGCUGCAGAUCCUCAGGAGGAGACAAAACCCAUCCUUUACAACACUGAGGUCAAGCCACAGCCAAAUCAAUACCAGAGAAGUCAGUUACCAAAGGAUGUCUCUGAACUUCCAAGAAGCUUCUGAAAAAGAAUCUAAGCCGAGUGCUAUUGAAAGGGAACUGAGAGCAUCUUCCAUCAAAAGAGAGUCCUUGGCCAAAAGAGAAGAGUCUUCGUCUUCCUCCUCCACAUCUUCCUCUUCAGAAAAUGGUGCUCUUUUCCAGCUCCUGCAAACGCAGACGUAUAAGAAGCCUUCCUCCCCACAGAUCAGCUGGACUGGGAGAACCUGGUGCACCAGAAUCUCGCUGAGCUCGUGGAAGUGGAUCAGGACGAGUACACUGUGUGGCCCCGAAAUCUACUCUUGCGAUAUCUUGAGUUGCUGGAAGAGCUUCAGUAUAAUCUGGAGGAGCGGAAGAAACUGCAGCAGUUGGCAGCUCAGGCACUGAUGAAUUUCCAAGACAGGUAACGCCUGCAGUGAAGCGCUUCGAGAUUUUGGGGCCCAGCAAGAGAUAAUGAAGGCAAUAGUUGGAAAUAGAAUAUUCAAAAUUAUCAAUGUCUAAUAAAUACUGCUAAUAAUA